AUGCCUCUUCUUCCGCCACCGAGAGUUUCUUCUUCGAGUCGUGCCGGUACCGUGAGCCUUGAGAAUGCGCAGGACCUUGCUGCCAGUGACGCCCGACACCUGCGCGAUACCGUGCGAGUCCCUCAGAAUGACGCCGAUCUGCGACGGCGUCAGACCCUUCUUCGCGAGCUUGCAGAUGUGCUCGUCGACCUGCCAUCAAUCAGUGGACAAAAAGUGCAGAAUGAAUGA